AUGGACCCUUUGGACAAAAUUAAGAUCCUACUGAAAAAAUGGGAGACUUCUUUUUUUCAGGAGCACCAGAGGAAGCCCAACAAGGCAGAUGUUCUGGAUGCUCCUGAAAAAAUAAAAACACUGUACAGAGAGUACAAGGCUCUAAAGGAAUCCAAGGAGAGCCGUGAUCUUGCUGAAUCUGUCAAGAGCUGCCACCAAGAAAAUCAGGAACCUGAAGCACCGGAAAAGGCAUCUGAUUUCGGUUCCUGGGGAGCACACCUGAAUCGAGGGCAGAAGAUUCCUAAACUGACCCAGCAGAAUCCAGAGGCCUUGCAGGCCUCGGCACAGCAUUAUGGGAUGAAGCUGAAAUGCAACUUAGGUGCAAAAAUUAAGGAAUGUCCUAUAACUUUAAGGAGAUCUCUCACUCCCAAAAGGAAACCAGUUAAAGUAGCACAGGACGGACCUCAAACUGAGAAGGAAAACCGUCAGCAGGGCGUGUUGGAGAGGCAAAAUCCCGAAGGCCUCGGUCCAGCGAGCACACAGGAUAAUAAUCCAGCUUCGGACCGAGAAAGGAUCGGUGUAGCCUUCCAGGAAACCAGUGCUGAAACUCCCACCGCCGAGCCGAUGCAGAGCCUGAAAACUGGCGGGAAAGAUGGCAGCCGGAACACGGAGGAGCGUCUCCUGCAAGGAGCUUCAUCCAGGCUGAGGGGUGCUUUGUGUGAUGGGGAGAGCGGGCAGCCUCCCCUUACCGAGGCAGGGAAAACGUCAAGCAAGAAGAGGCGUCUGGAUCCUGCAGCUGAUGAAGAAGUUGCUCUGGGCAGUUCUAAACACGGCGUUUGUGCCAAGCGCCAAAGGACUAAAGAGCGGGUUGUCAAAAAACUGCGCCCUGUCAGUCAAAACCCAGGAAAGGACGAAUACGACUUUGACCAAGACCCCGUCAAAGUGCAAGAGGGAAAAAAGAAGACGGCUCCACUUCUUUCUGAAAAUAUACUUGGAGACCUCAUUGAGGAAAACGGCCCUAAGAGGAGUGGGAAGUCCGUCAUGCCAAGCUUCAGGCAGCCACCGAAGAAAUGUGGCAAUUUUGUCCGGCUCAAUAUGAAAACGAAAUCCCACGUAAAGAGCUACAGCUUGAAGGGAAAACACCUGCGCAAGCAGGUGUGGAAGCAGAAGUGGCAGAAAAAGGGGCAACUGUUUGGUGGAGGUGGCAGGCUUGUGGACCGGAGUAAUGACACUUGCUUCAAAUGCGGAGGACGUGGUCACUGGUCUUCCCAGUGCAAAGGUGAAGGUGGUCAACUCGCUGCUCCUGAGAGCCAGCAGGAAGAGGAUAGCUGUGCUGCUGAAGAGGAAGUGCCCUUGUUAACUCUGGAGGAAGUGGCUCGGAUGACCAAUACGGCUUACACGAGAAUUGCAACGAAGGGUGAGAACGGCCAAGCAACCCUGGAGCCGUCUGCUCAGGAAGAAAGUUACCUGCAAAUAGGAAGGCCUGCCGCCGAAACAGUCACUCCAGCUGCCCCGAUAGAGCCUUUCUACAAAUUGGGGCCAGAUAAGAAAGUGAGAGAUAUGCCUUCUGAAGUCUUCCAAGCAUUGGCUGAGCUGGGUUAUACUUCCUUCCGGCCAGGACAGGAAACGGCAGUCAUGAGAAUACUCUCAGGGCUCUCCACCCUGGUGGUCUUGUCCACAGGGAUGGGAAAAUCUCUCUGCUACCAGCUGCCCGCCUAUCUGUACGGCAAACGGUCCCCGUGCGUCACCUUGGUGAUCUCUCCCUUGGUGUCCCUGAUGGAUGAUCAGGUCUCCGGCCUCCCUCAGCGCCUGAAAGCGGCCUGCGUCCACUCCAACAUGUCGAAGGCUCAGAGGGAGGCUGCCAUGGAGCGGGUAAAGGCCGGGAAAGUCCAGGUGCUCCUGCUGUCCCCCGAGGCCCUGGUUGGGGGGGGCCUCUCGAGUGGCAGCUGCCUCCCCCCCGCGGAUCAGCUUCCCCCCGUGGCUUUCGCCUGCAUCGACGAGGUGCACUGCCUGUCCGAGUGGUCGCACAACUUCCGCCCUUGCUACCUCCGGCUCUGUAAGGUUCUUCGGGAACGCUUGGGUGUGCGGUGCUUCUUAGGCCUGACAGCCACCGCCACGGUUUCGACGGCAGGGGACGUGGCCCACCACUUGGGCAUCCCGGAGGGCGAAGGGCUGGCUGUGCGGUCUGCUGCGGUUCCUCCGAACUUGUGUCUCUCGGUCUCCACAGACAGAGACAAGGAUCAAGCUCUCGUAAGUUUGCUGCAAGGGGAGAGGUUUGGAAGCCUGGACUCCAUCAUCGUGUACUGCACGCGCCGGGAAGAGACGACGCGGAUUGCAGCCUUCAUCCGCACGUGUCUGCAGGGGGUGAAGCUGAGAGGCCCCCCCUGUGAACCAGAGCAAGAAGCGCAAGACCGUCUCCCUGGAAAAAGGCCAAAAGCCAAAGCUAAAAAGAGCAUCCGCCGCCCUCUGAAGUGGAUUGCCGACGCCUACCAUGCCGGGUUGUCUGCCCAUGAACGCCGGCGGGUGCAGAACAGCUUCAUGUCUGGCCAGCUGCGGGUGGUGGUGGCCACGGUGGCCUUUGGGAUGGGCUUGGACAAGUCGGACGUGCGCGGGGUUGUGCAUUACAACAUGCCCAAGAACUUCGAGAGCUACGUGCAGGAGAUCGGGCGGGCAGGGCGGGAUGGCCAACCCGCCCAGUGUCAUCUCUUCCUAAACCCAGAGGGUGAGGAUCUGCAUGAGUUGAGGCGCCAUAUUUACGCAGACACGGUUGACUUCUUCACCAUCAAAAGGCUGGUGCAGACGGUUUUCCCACCCUGCAGAUGCCGAGAGCUUCACCAGAAGCAGCAGGACCUCAACAAGGGCUGUGAAGUGGAGGAUGCGGAGAUGCUGACGGCCUUAGAAGGAAGUUCAGAAAAGCCCCUUGACCCAGAACAGGAGCAGUCACGAAUAUGCUACAAACACGAGAGGGCUGUCCCCAUUCAACAGACGGUGGAAGCCCUGGAUCUCCGAGAAGAAGGCAUAGAGACGCUUCUGUGUUACCUGGAGCUGCACCCCUGUCGCUGGGUAGAGCUGCUGCACCCCACUUUCUCUUCGUGCCGGGUGUCGUGCUACAGAGGUCCUCAGCAGCUGCGGACGGUGUCCCGAAGGUGCCCUCCACUUGCGGUCUGCUUGGCCCAGCAGCGCCUCAAAGGGAGCACAGCCACCCAGGCCAGCACUGUGGAGUUCGACGUCAUUGCCCUGGCCGACUCCAUGGGCUGGGAGGUCCUACCGGUCAAACGGGCUCUACGACAGCUGCAGUGGAACACCCAAUGGCAGAAGGGUGGCCAGGGUUCUAGGAAGAGUGAGAUCCUGGUGGAAUUCAGGGAACUCUCCUUCCACCUGCGCUCCUACGGGGAUCUCAGCGAUGAUGAGCUGGACGCCGUCUGCGAGUUCCUGUACCGGCGAGUCACGAGUCGCGAAAAGGCAGCCCUCCAUCAGCUCCAAGUCUGCUUCCAGGCUUUUCAGAGCGUGGCUUUCCCUACUUGUGCCUCGUGCUGUGACUGUGCAGACCAGGAGAGGAGCAGCCAGCUGAAGUCCCUGCUGAUGGGCUAUUUUGAGAGGCAGCCGGUGCUGGGGGAGCCCUCCCUGGGUGCAGAGCCUGAAGCGGAUCACCUCCAGGAUGUUCAGUUUCAGGAAUGGGAGCAGCAAAUCCGAGCUGACGUUCGCUACUUCUUCUCCAUCCGUCAAGACGAAAAGUUCUCGGGCAGGGCCGUGGCCAGGAUUUUCCAUGGAAUUGGGAGUCCGUGCUACCCAGCUCAGAUUUACGGCCGAGACCGUCGUUUCUGGAGAAAACACCUUCGCUUUGACUUCCAUAAGAUCAUGCGCUUGGCCACGGAGGAGAUCAUCCGCUGGAAGUGAACUGAGCUGGGCAGAAUCUGGAGAGGAGAAGCCCC